AUGGUAAAUUCUGCAAGGGAGCAUCAAGAAGGUUUAUUUUCCAACGACGUUUGUUUUGAAAUAUUGUCAUUUCUUGAUGGUUGGACUAUUAUUCGAAACUGCGCUUUAAUUUCUAAACAGUGGUUUGAAAUUAUUAGAAAUUAUUCGAAACUUGAUCUUGAGGUAAUGAGUAAACUUUCCACGGAAAGAAUCACCAUGUUAUCCGAAAGUCAAUUCUUGAAUAGAAUUAUUGGCUUCAAAGUUGGAAAGUAUGCAGCUUCCGAAUUUGUAUUAUUCGAAAGCUCAAACCUUGAACAAUUAUGGGAAACUAUUGGUUCAAUGUCUCAAUUGACUAAACUUGAUGUUGGCAAGACUGGAUUACAUACUUUUCCCAUUUCAAUUUUACCUAAUUUGGAAAAUUUAACAGAAUUAAACUUGACAUUUUUGGAAAUAUUUGACCAAGGAGCAAAAAUAAUAAGUCAACGAUUGAAAUUCAUAACCAAACUCAGCGUCGAUUAUUGUGGAAUUGGAAUUGAAGGAGUACAAGCAAUUGGAAAUAUGAAACAAUUGACUUUUUUGAAUAUUAGUGAAAAUGAAAUGAGAAAUGAAGAGAUUGAAUUGAUUGGAACACUUGAUCAACUCAAAUAUUUGAGUAUUCGAAAUAUUACACGUGAGAAUAACAGUGUUGAUGAUUAUCUAGAUUUUAAUUCUCUGAAAAAUCUGAAAUUGUUGACCUACCUCAAUAUUGGUGAAAAUAGAAUUUCAGAUGAGAUUGGUUUACAAUUUUUGAGAGAAAUGAAACAAUUGACUCAUCUCAAUGUUGCAAACAUGGAAAUUGGAAGUAUUGGGGCUAAAAUAAUCAGUGAAAUGACACAUUUAGUUAAACUAAAUAUUGGACGAAAUGAUAUUGGAAGAACUGGAAUUGAUUAUAUAGGUGAAAUGAAACAAUUGACCUCAUUGAAUGUUCAAAACUGCAAUUUAAUGGAAUGUAAAUUUUUAUGUGGAAUGAAACAAUUACAAUAUUUGAAUAUUAGCGAAAAUACAAUUAGAAAUGAAGGAGUGGAUUUAAUUUGUAAAGAACUAUCUCAAUUGAAAUUUCUGAACAUUUCUGAAAUAUUGUCAAGACCCUAUCAAUUUAGAAAUGUACUCCCCAUAAAAUUGGAGAAUUUACCUCGCCUUAAUCAAUUAACUGAGCUCGAUCUUAGUAGUGAUCGAGUGAAUGAAGAAAGUUUGAUUUUUCUUCUUGAAUUGAAAUGUUUAACCUCACUGAAUGUCAGAAGAAAUAGCAUUACUUGUAAUUGUGCUAAAAUCAUUAGUGGAAUGAGCCAAUUAACCAAACUGAAUAUCAGUGAGACACAAGUUGAUGAAUUGGUGAUGGAAUAUAUUUGUGGAAUGAAAGAGUUGCGAGUGUUGUAUAUGCAAAAGAAUUAUUUAGAAAAUGAUUCAGAGGUUGUUGACUUGAUUGAGAAAAUGGAAAGUUUGACUGAACUUGAUAUUAGUGAUUGUUAUAUCAGUAUUGAAAAUGAAACCAAAUUAAGAGAAAUUAAGAAAUUAAGGAAGCUUGUAUUAUUUGCUUAA